AUGACAAUGAUCAUCAACAAUAACAAUGCCGGAGGAGUAGUAGGGCCUUUUGGCGACACUACUUUGACCAAGGUCUUCGUCGGAGGAUUGGCAUGGGAGACUCCCAAGGAGGCCAUGAGAGAUCACUUCGAGAAAUACGGCGACAUUCUCGAAGCCGUCAUUAUCUCCGACAAAACAACAGGCCGAUCCAAAGGCUACGGCUUCGUGACAUUUAAGGAGCCGGAAGCGGCUAAGAAGGCCUGCGAGGAUCCGACGCCGGUGAUUAAUGGCCGCCGUGCAAACUGUAACCUCGCUUCCCUCGGCGCACGUCGGCAGAGAUCGCUAACCGUUGUUCCGCCGCCGCCGCAGCAGCAGCAAACCGGGCCUAAUGUGAUUGUGGGUCCACGAUCUGCCGGGACGAUCACACCACCUCCGGGCCACGUGCAGUGGUACUAUCCACCAACUCCUCCACCGGCGUCACCUUACCACCAUCACCAGGCCGCCGUUCCUUAUUACGGCUAUGUUCCGGCGACAUACGUCGCUACAACUGAUGUCAGUUACAAUCAUAAACUAGGGUAUACGGGCGGGGCCUACAUGAAUGGAGGGCACUACUCACAUGUAUAUCCGAGUCAUGCUACGGUGGGUGCGCACACACUGAUGCCAAUGUACCCUAUGUAUCAAUACCAUCAUCAAUCUCAGGCAAUGGGCCUACCAGCCCAGUUCUUUUGUGGCCCAACAUCCGCCGGCCCAAUUGCUGCUGUUCCUGCUCUUCUCUCAAAGCCCACACAAAUUACUCCUACUUCUGCAGGUAGAGUUGGAGGCUUUAAGAAAGGUGGCUAAAAAGUGGCAAAUAACAAAAAAGGAGGAUGAUAGAGUGGCUUUUCAGACCAACGUUAUUUUUAUUUGAUCUGUAAUCACCUCUUCU